CACAAAAACAUUGUUCUUGAAAUGUGUUAUUUACUGCGUGAAAUUCCCGGGUUUAAGCAUGUGAUAGUGAAUCAUCAAGAAGGCUAACAUGUGCAUCAAAAGCUACCCAUUAACAUUACUGAAUCAAAGUCCCAUGUUAAAGAGUAACCCAACGUAUAUGAGAGACCAUCAUAGAAGUCACUUGGCACUCCUAAGGCAGAGAUCUAGAUGGCUGCGCUACUGAGAUUUGUGCUUCUAACAGCGUGUUUGUUAAUGACAUUAGUAGCUGAAAAAAUUAAAUAUAAAAGCUGUCAACAUGCCCAUCAAAAUGGACAUUCGGAACCAGGAUGGUUCGAUAUAUAUCCCAAUGCAACUCGUCCUUUUAAGGUUUGGUGUGAACAUUCACUGAAUGCAACGGGAACUUUAAUUCAGCGCAGAUUCGGGGGAACAGAGAACUUCAAUCGUGGCUAUAAUGACUACAAGUUUGGAUUUGGACAUCCGACUACAGAAUAUUGGAUUGGACUGAAUAAUAUAUACCACCUUUCUAAUACAGGCAAUAGCAUCCUGUACAUCACUCUCCAAGAUUUCAACGGUGAUACCCGCUAUGCCCAGUAUAACCAUUUUGUCCUUGGACCUGAAUCAACUGGCUUCAAGCUUAACAUUUAUGGGUUCAGUGGCAACGUCCCAGAUGAUAUGAGUUACCAAAAUGGAAUGCCAUUUGCCACGCAGGACAAACCAGACUACCAUAAAUGUGCAAUCAACAUGCGUGCUGGCUGGUGGUACAACUACUGCGCAUACGCCAUGUUGAAUGGACUUUACUACCACACCGGGAAGUACAAACCCUCUGGUGGCUUCUACGAUGGCAUUUACUGGAAAGACUGGUUGGGUUAUGACUAUUCAUUGAGAUUCACGAGCAUGGUACUCUAUCAUGUGUAAAAUUGUAAUGACGAUGUAAAUGAAAAUGCAUCUUUUAUUUCCAAUAUAUAAGUAGGGAUAAAAUACAUGUAUAACCAAGAUUGGUACAACAAACAAGAGUUAAAUCUGCAAAAAUUCUCCAGCUCUUCAGACUCAGGACCGUAAACGGACAAAAUGGGUUGAUGGGGGGGGGGGUAUGAUUCCUGCAUUGAAAUUCAACAAAUCUGCAAAAUUUAAUCUCUUUUACUAUAAACCAAGCAGUGGAGAACUAACUUUACUCGCUGUAUAUCCUCAUUAUUUGUUAUUUUUAUAACGUUUUUUAACUUAUUGAAAACUAUAAUGACAUACAUUUUGUCAGGAUUAUGUAUGAUUUUAUAACAGGUCGCGUAGACCUUCACUUCAUGGUUUAUAGCAAAAAGAGUGUUUGCAGUUUGCAAGGUAGUGACGUU